GAAUCGGUUGCGCUGCGGCUGCGCUCAAAAACAACACAAAACUCGUGCGCGGCGCUUCAAAAAAAAGACAACCAACUAAAAAGCAGACAAAUCAUAUAAUUAACUUGCAAAAAAAAAAACACACAAACAGAAUUUCUCAAUUCUAAUCCUACUAAAAAAAAACAACAUUUUUUUUAAGUUUUCAAACCACAAACCAUUGGGAAUUUUUUGGAAUACCUAAGCUUAAAAGCCAAAGAAGUGUGAAAAAUAAAGUGAACCCAAAACACAAAAAAAAAAGUGCUAUCAGAAUUCAGUUAUCUGACAAAAAUUAAAAACAUAUUUAUUAAAAAAAACCCACACAACACCAAAAAGAUACCAAAAAUUGUCAUUAAAAAGGAAACAAAUCCCAAAACAGUGCGAAAUCCGGAGUUGGAAUGCCGUCGCAACUGUUGAACAAAAUUUCACAACUAAAUAACCACUAAGCUUUUUCAUCGAACUUUGGAAAAAUGCUCGCCGCACAGCAACAGCAGCAGCAGCAGCACAACAGCACAGGUGAGGCGGAAAUGGAGCGCCAGCGACGGGACUCCACCACCUCGGAAUCCUCCCUGGAGCACCUGGACUUGGGUCGCACGCCCAAGAAGCUGGCCGGAAAUGGUGGCUCCGCGCAGACCACAUCCACGCCCCACGAACUCACGACUGUCACAUCGCGCAAGCGCAAACUUCGCCAACUGCAACAGCAGAUGAAUCAUCUCCAUCAGCAGGAGGUGUUGAGCGACGAGGACGAGGAGGAGGAGGAUGAGCACGAGGAUGGGGAGCACCCGGCCACGGCAGCCCGGAAUCUAGGGCGGCACAAGCAACGGCGCAGCACCCAGGCCUCCAUUGUGGUGGACUACAGCAGUGGCGAUGCCAGCUCCCUGCGCAAAAAGUUCCGGCUCAAUCGCUCGACGGCCAGUCUCUCGGAAUCGGGAUUCGUGGAUGCCAGCAGCACGGUCCACAGUGGCUAUCUGGGCAAUAGCAGUGGCAGUGCCACCAAUACCACAACCACCACCACCAGCGGUGGUGCAGUGGCUCCAGCCUCGGUGGCCGGUGGUGGAGUGGCCGGAGCAACUGCCUCCAGCAGCAGCAGUAGCAGCAGCAGCGGCGGAUCCGGCGGCUCCUCGCCCCAAGGCCCCAGCCUCUCCAGCGGCGAGUCGGGCAUCGGAGCCGGGGACGAGCACAUGAAGUACCUGUGCCCCAUCUGCGAGGUGGUCUCGGCCACGCCGCACGAGUUCACCAACCACAUCCGGUGCCACAACUACGCCAACGGCGACACGGAGAACUUCACCUGCCGCAUUUGCUCCAAGGUGCUAUCCUCGGCCUCAUCCCUGGACAGACACGUGCUGGUUCACACGGGCGAGCGGCCCUUCAACUGCCGCUACUGCCACCUGACCUUCACCACCAACGGCAACAUGCACCGCCACAUGCGCACCCACAAGCAGCACCAAGUUGCGCAGUCGCAGUCGCAACAGCAGCAGUCGCAGCAGCAACAGUCGCAGCAGCAGCAGCAGCAGCAGCAACACCAGCGACGACAGCAGCAACACCAGCCGGCGCAGCAGCAGCAGCAGAAUCCCGCCCAGCAACUGGUGGCCACCGCCUUGUCCGCUGGACGUGCCGAGAGCUACGAGAGCGAUGCCAGCUGCUCCACAGAUGUGUCCAGUGGUCAUAGUCACUCGCACAGCCGCAGCAGCAGCUCCCUCAACAACAACAACAACUCGCACAAGGCUAACAACAACCUGAGGGAACUGGAUGUGGAUCAGGCGGAGGAUCAGGAUCAGUUGGAGGGCAAGCAGCGCCGCCUGAAGACGACCAUCAACAACAACAACAUCAUAGACAGUGGCCACCAGGAGGAGAUCGAGGAGGAUGAGGAGGAGGCCGAUGAUGCGGAUGUGGCCAUGCUGACCAGCACGCCCGAUGUGGCCACCCUUCUGGCCGGAGCCAGUGCCUCCGGAGCGGCCUCGCGCUCACCGUCGCCCUCCCCCUCGCCAUCCGCCUCGCCGUCGCUGCUCCUGAGCUGUCCCGCCUGCGGAGCCUCCGACUUCGAGACCCUGCCCGCCCUGUGUGCCCACCUGGAUGCGAGGCACUCGGACAUACCGGCCAAGUGUCGCGAUUGCGAGGUGAUCUUCGCCAGCCAUCGCCAGCUGCAGGCCCACUGCUGUCGGGGAUCCACGGGACUGCCGCCGCUCCUCGGAGCCAGCAGUUCACCCUUGCACCAGGAGGAGGAUCAGGAGAACGAGGAGGAUGAGGAGCUGGAGCGGAAGAUGGGUGUGCCCAGCCAGAGCGAGGACUUUUUCCACCAGCUGUAUCUGAAGCAGAAGACAGCCGGAGCUGGUGGUGCCAUCUCCCAUCCCCCGUCGCCCAUUAAACACGAGCCGGCGGACAGCAAGGAUCUGGCGGAUAUACAAAGCAUCCUGAACAUGACCAGCUCUAGUUCCAGUUUUCUGCGCAACUUCGAGCAGUCGGUGAACACGCCCAGCUCCAGUCAGUACAGUUUGGAUGGCAGGGAUCAGGAGGAGGAGGCCCAGGAUGCCUUCACUUCGGAGUUCCGGCGGAUGAAGUUGCGCGGUGAGUUCCCCUGCAAGCUCUGCAGCGCCGUCUUUCCCAAUCUGCGCGCCCUCAAGGGUCACAACCGGGUGCAUCUGGGUGCAGUGGGCCCAGCCGGACCCUUCCGCUGCAACAUGUGUCCCUAUGCCGUCUGCGACAAGGCCGCCCUGGUGCGCCACAUGCGCACCCACAACGGCGAUCGUCCCUACGAAUGCGCCGUCUGCAACUAUGCCUUCACCACCAAGGCCAACUGCGAGCGCCACCUGAGGAACCGGCACGGCAAGACCAGUCGGGACGAGGUGAAGCGGGCCAUUGUCUACCAUCCGGCGGAGGAUGCCGGCUGCGAGGACAGCAAGUCCCGCCUGGGCGAGGAUCUGGCCGAUCUCAGUUUCCGUUCCAUCAGUCCCACGCCACCGCCGCCGCCUGUUAUCAUCAGUGGCGAGAGCAGCAGUUCCCAGCUGAAGCACAUGCUCCUGGGCGAGAGUCAUCUGGCACCGGUGGUCCAACCGCCGCUCAAGAUCCAGGUGAAGAGUCUCGACCAGCUGGUGGACAAGAAGCCAGCCAAGCCAGCUGCCCCGGCUCCACAGCAGCAGCAGCAGCAGCUCCAGGAGAAGAUCGGAGCUGCCCUGGACUUUAGCAUGGAUGUGUUGGAUCUCAGCAAGAAGCCAACUGGUGGAGCAGCAGCCCUCACACCCUCGGUCACACCCACUCCGCCCACGCCGGCACCUGGAGUUGUGGCACCGGGAGUGGGAGCCCCUGCCGACCUGGCCGCCGCCCUGGAGCAGCAGCAACUGCUCCUUGCGCAGCAGCAGCUCUUCGGCGCUGGCGGAGAUGCCGCCUCCCAGUACAUGCAGCAGCUGUUCCGCAUGUUCCAGUUCCAGUCCCAGACGCCUGGAUUCCCCUUCUUUCCCUUCAUGGCACCACCACCGCCGCAGGCCAAUCCAGAGAAGCCACCGCUGGUGAGUCCACCCAAUCGCAUGAAUCCCCUGCCCGUGGGUGUGGGCGUGGGCGUUCCAGUGCCACCUGGUGGCCCCGUCAAGAUGGUCAUCAAGAAUGGCGUCCUGAUGCCCAAGCAGAAGCAGCGUCGCUAUCGCACCGAGCGUCCCUUUGCCUGCGAGCACUGCUCGGCGAGAUUCACCCUGCGCUCGAACAUGGAGCGCCAUGUGAAGCAACAGCAUCCGCAGUUCUAUGCCCAGCGCCAGAGGAGCGGUCACCAUGUGAUGAGGGGCAGGGGAGCCUCCAGUGCCGCAGCCGCUGCUGCCGCCGCCGCCGCCGCUGCAGCUGCCAUGGGUCCAGGAUCUGCCUCCUCCGUCGGCAGCAAUCACCAUCAUGGCCAUGGCCAUGGCUCCCACGGACAUGCCCCCAUCUCGGAGCAGGUCAAGUACGCCAUUCUCGCCCAGCAACUGAAGGCCCACAAGAACACCGAUCUGCUGCAGCAGGCCUUGGCCCACGGUUCCAGCAGUGUGGCCGGCAAUCCCCUCCUGCACUUCGGCUACCCACUGGCCACGCCCAGUCCCCUGCACAAUGGCUCCGGCCAGGGCAAUGGCCAGGCCAUCACCAUGGACGACGAUGAGCCCAAGCUGAUCAUCGAUGAGGAUGACAACGAGCAUGAUGAGGUGGAACCGGAGGAGGUGGAUGACUUCGAGGAGGAUGAGGACGAUGAGGAGAUGGAUGAGCCGGAGGAGGAGCCCGAGCUGAUCCCGGAUGAGCAGCCAGCCGAGGAGGAGGAGGAGGAGGAGCAAGAGGAGCCGGAGCUGCCCAAGCCGCUGGAGCAGCUGUCCCUGGUGGCGCCCACCAAUGAGGCGGCCCAGAAGAUGGCCGAGACCAUCCUGGAGCAGGCCAUCAAGGCGGGCAAGCCAACCAGUCCGCCGCCCCAGGAGAAUGCCCUGCCAGUUGACCCCAAAGUGGUGACCACCAUGCAGGAACCAGCCGCCACCAGCAAUCCCAGCAGCCUGAAGACCAUGAUUGCCCAGGCCGAAUCCGUGGGCAAGUCCCUGAAAGAGGUGGCCAGUUCGCCGUUCAAGGACGAGUCGCAGGAUCUGGUGCCGGUGGCCAAGUUGGUGGACAAUGCCACCAGCCAGAACAUGAGCUUCAACAGCUAUUUCCGGCCCAGCGAUGUGGCCAAUCACAUGGAGCAGAGCGACGAGGAGGGCCUGGUGGCCUCCGGCAGUGCCAGCGAGAGCAACAACAGCGGCACCGAGGAUGUGACCAGCAGCAGCUCCGGCAGCGAGCCCAAGAAGAAGUCCGCCUACAGCUUGGCGCCCAAUCGCGUCUCCUGCCCCUACUGCCAGCGGAUGUUCCCGUGGAGCAGCUCGCUGCGCAGGCACAUCCUCACCCACACCGGCCAGAAGCCCUUCAAGUGCUCCCACUGCCCCCUGUUGUUCACCACCAAGAGCAACUGCGACCGCCAUCUGCUGCGCAAGCACGGCAACGUGGAGUCGGCCAUGUCGGUGUAUGUGCCCACCGAGGAUGUGAGCGAGCCGAUCCCGGUGCCCAAGUCCGUGGAGGAGAUCGAGCUGGAGGAGCAGCGCCGGCGGCAGGAGGCGGAGCGCGAGAAGGAGCGUGAGCUGAAGCGGGAGCGGGAGUUGGAGCGUGAGCGCGAGCUGGAGCGGGAGAAGGAGCGGGAGCAGGAGAAGGAACGGGAGCGCCAACAGCUCAUCCAAAAGCUGGCUGCCCAAAUGAAUGCCGCUGCCAAUGCCGCUGCCGCCGCCGCCGCUGCAGCAGCUGCAUCUUCGGUGGGCAAUGGCAAUGGUGGAGCACCGAAUGGCCCACUGGGAGAUGGCCUCGCUGGCGGAGAUCUGCCCUACAAGUGCCACCUGUGCGAGGGCUCCUUUGGCGAGCGUCUGCAGUGCCUGGAGCAUAUCAAGCAGGCCCAUGCCCAUGAGUUUGCCCUGCUGCUGGCCAAGGGUGCCAUCGAGAAUGAGUCCCUGGAGGGGCCCAAUCCCCACCAGCAGAUGUCCCAGCAGUCGGCCGUGCAUUCGGACGAUGAGGCCGCCAAUGGCGGGGGUCGUGGCAAGUAUCCGGACUACAGCAACCGCAAGGUGAUCUGUGCCUUCUGCGUGCGCCGCUUCUGGUCCACCGAGGAUCUGCGUCGCCACAUGCGCACCCAUUCGGGCGAGAGGCCCUUCCAGUGCGACAUCUGCCUGAGGAAGUUCACCCUGAAGCACAGCAUGCUGCGGCACAUGAAGAAACACAGUGGUCGGGCCCACAAUGGGGACACACCGGGUUCCGAUUGCUCCGAUGAUGAGCAGGUGGCCAGUCCGCCCAGCACACCGGCUCCGCUGCCCCUGCCUCUGCCCAAUCCCGGCCAGCCCACCAGCGCCAACAACAACAACAGCUGCCACAACAACAACAACAACAACAACAACUUUGGUAGCUCCAAGCUGGGCCUGAAGCUGCCCAAGCUGCACGAGCUGCUGGACAAGGCGAGCGAGUGGCGGGCCAGUCGGCUGGGCGAGCACAAGGAGAACAUGGGCGAGGCCACGCCCUCGGCGGCAGCCGUCGCCGGAUCGGAUCUGAUUGGCAACCUGCUGGGGAUCAGCGACCAGGGCAUCCUCAACAAGCUGCUCUCCUCCGCCGACGAGGCGGCCAAGCUCCUGGGCGUGGACAACAAGUAAUCCGGAAGGGAGGAGGUAGCAACUGGGAUCGAACCCACAGCCAUAAAUUCUGAUUCUGGAGUAGCAGCAGUUUUACACCGCCUUACGUAUACCAAAGCUUAAAUAGUUUUCAUUAAUGGUAGUCUAUAAAAACUUUUUAGAACCGAAGUCUAUAAGGAAGUAAAAACUUGAAAAGAUGAAUAGGGAAGUCCGGAACAGCUCUAUUAUAUAUUUUUUGACACAAAAGAGCCACAGGCUCGAGGAAAAUAUAAGGAGUCUUAGCUGAAGAACCCUGUUUUAUAGACCAUUUAAACCAAUAUCUUUUUUUUUUGGAGACCUCUUUUUUUUGCCAACCCCUAUGUUAAGCGGUCCAACCAACCAAACACAAGCUAAUCAAAAUCUUUGGAGACAAACACUAUUUUUUUUAACAAUUUUUUUUUCCUAGCUUUAUAAUUAAUUCUACAUAUUUUACAAUUACCUUUAAGUAGCUGCAAUGACAAAAAAAAAAAAGAAACAAAAAAACCGAAAAACAACGAACAUUUAGCAUGACAAAAAAAGACUUGACACAAAAGACAAAAAUACACACCUAAAGUAAUAUAAUAUUAUGUAAUGUACAUUGAAAGAGGCCUUGAGAACCGCAGCGUGGCUUAAACCUAGUUAUAUAAGGACGAACGCAGACGAAAUUGUGCUGCUUGCAACUAAGUAUAGUCAGGUACUCGUAAGACUAGGCUUAGAUACAUUUUUUUUAGGAUCCUACUUACGAAACUCAUUCAUUGCUGUAGCCUAUAAAACAAACAAACAAACACACACACACAUACAUUUAUGAAAUACAUUAUAUAAUAUAGCUAUUUAAAUAUACGAAAAGCAUGAUUCUUAUAUAAUUAAAUUAGUGGACUUCUUACAGCAAUAACCAAAGCAUUUCGCGUUUGUAGCGUUGUUUAAGCUAAACGAAAAUAAACGAAAUUAAAUUUA